AUGUCUUCUAAAAAAGAAACUCGUAUUGCAUUAGUUGAUUAUAAUUCCGAUAAUACUUUACCAGAUUCUAAUGUUAGAUUUAACUCAUCUCAUGAAAUUCUUCAUCUGAUCAAUGAAUUCAAUGAGAAGAAACAAUACCUUGAAAAAAUAAUUAACAAACAUGACGAACAUAUAACUAACUU